UUGAGACCAUAUCUCAAGGUCUUGCAAAUCACGUAAGUUGAAUAAACAAAGAAUACGUACUCUCCUUUCUCUCUCUGAAAAAAAUUCAUCAAACGGAAAAGAGGCAAAAAGCGAAACGAACCAGAGCCGUACGAUUUAGGGUUCAUACGAGAUGCCGAAGAACAAGGGAAAGGGAGGUAAGAAUCGCAAGAGAGGGAAGAACGAGGCUGAUGAUGAGAAGCGUGAACUUGUGUUCAAAGAAGAUGGUCAGGAAUACGCUCAGGUUUUGAGGAUGUUGGGGAAUGGCCGAUGUGAAGCCAUGUGCAUCGACGGCGUCAAGCGUCUCUGCCAUAUCCGUGGUAAAAUGCAUAAAAAGGUCUGGAUCGCCGCCGGUGAUAUCAUUCUUGUCGGCCUCCGUGACUACCAGGACGACAAGGCUGAUGUAAUCCUGAAGUACAUGCCAGAUGAAGCCCGGUUGUUGAAGGCCUAUGGUGAGCUGCCAGAGAGCACGAGGCUCAACGAGGGUAUUGCUGGUGGACUUGACGAGGAGGAGGAUGGUGCUGGUGACGAUUACAUUGAAUUUGAGGAUGAAGACAUUGACAAAAUUUAGUGACUUUGUCCUUCCAAUUUAUAAUAUACUUUCGAUGCUUAAAAUCCAAAUACAAAUAUAGAGUGAUAUACAUCUUACGUGUAAUGUUUCAAGUGAUGUAUUAUAAUUUAUGUGACAUUGAUGCAAUAAUAUCGAGCUUCUUUUUUUUUUCA